UCCAGUUACAGACUUACAGUUCCUGAACUUCAAAUUGGGGAAGAACAUCAACCGAACAAAUGCUGAACUCAAACUAGGGUUCCAAACUCAAAAUCACAACAAAUUCACCAACCAAAACCUGCAAAAAGCUUCAUAUACUUGCAGAACUUCUUCAAAUCACAAUGAGUAGCAGCGAAGAAGAAGACGAUUUUCCGUGUAUCGAAUCCGUCACUCCACAAUCUAAGAUCGACACUAUAUAUCAAUCCAAAACUGAAAAGGGCAUCAGAAAGCUUUGCUUUGAGCUUCUUGAUUUGAAGGAUGCAGUAGAGAAUUUAUGUGGCAACACUCGGACCAAGUACUUAGCUUUUCUGAGGUUAUCAGAAGAGGUUGUGGAAACGGAGCAUGAGAUGAGUGAGCUAAGAAAGAAUAUCUCCGCACAAGGAAUUUUGGUACAAGAAUUACUAAGUGGCGUCUAUCAUGAAUUGGGGGAGUGGAGCCGAGCCAACCCAGACCUCGCGAAUCCCGAACAACUUAAAAAAGACAACGAAAUCGACAUCUUAUCUUCAAAUAAGACGGAAGAUGAGAUGAAAUUACGUUUAGAGAAUAUAGACAUUCUUCUCGCUGAACAUAAAGUAGAAGAGGCGAUAAACGCAUUAGAAGCAAUAGAAGCAGAAGAAAGAAAGCAUCCUUUAUUGAAUGAAGUUUCAUCGUUUAAAUCCGCUUUUCUGAAACAAAAAACAUUGCUCGAGAAUCAACUUGUUGAAAUGACGGAACAAACCUUGAUUACCGCUGCUGAAUUAAAAACCGUCGUUCAUGGGUUAGUUAAGCUCGGAAAAGGUCCUCUUGCACUUCAGCUUUUUCUCAAAGCAAAAGGAGCACGUCUCGUAAAAAACAUCGAUGUCUUUCUUCCAUCAUGUUCUUGUUACCCCGAAACAUUUUCGGCUGCUUUAUCUAACCUUAUAUUUUCCACAAUUUCAUCAACGACAAAAGAGACGAGUUCAAUGUUCGGAGAUGAUCUCGUUUACCAUAACAAAGUUGUUCAGUGGGCGGAAUGGCAAAUUGAGUUGUUUGUGCGGCUGGUUAAGGAAAAUGCACCGUCUUCGGAGACUGUUUCGGCGUUACGUGCUGCAAGCGUCUGUGUUCAGGCUAGUCUUAAUCACUGCUCGGCUUUGGAAUCACAGGGACUGAAGCUUUCAAAGGUGCUUUUGGUGCUUUUGCAGCCGUACGUUGAAGAAGUUCUAGAAUUGAAUUUCAGACGGGCAAGAAAACUUGUUUUUGAUUUUUCUGGAAAUGAUGAAAUCCUUCCGUUGUCACCACGCCUCGCGUCACCGUUGUCUACUUUUGCUAUAUCUUCUGAUGGCCUGCUUGUUGAUAGCGGCACAAGGUUCAUUUUCAUGGUCAAAGAUAUAGUGGAUCAGCUAACUCGCCUAGUGAUUUUACACUUUGGAGGAAACGUUCUCGGUAGAAUUUUGCAACUUUUUGAUCAAUACAUGGAUGAACUGAUAAAAGCAUUACCCGAACCAUCAGAAGACGAUAGUUUAGUGGAGUUAAAAGAAGCUGUACCUUUUAGAGCCGAAUCAGAUUCCCAACAACUCGCCCUUUUGGGGACCGCCUUUACCAUUGCAGAGGAGCUAUUACCUAUGGUCAUGUCCAAAAUUUGGAGUGUUUUAAACGAAAGCAAGGAAGCAGCAGAAAAUGGAGUUGAUAAUGACAACAUUGCCCCUCUAGUGAACAAUAUGAUAGAUUAUAAGGACUGGAGAAAGCAGCUUCAGCAUCCACUGGAUAAGCUUCGAGAUCAUUUCUGCAGACAAUAUGUUUUGAAUUUCAUUUACUCAAGAGAUGGUAAUACACGACUUGAUGCACACAUUUAUUUAAGCGGCGAAAGUGACGAUCUUAACUGGAAUUCUGAUCCGUUGCCUUCUUUGCCCUUCCAGGCACUGUUUGGAAAACUGCAGCAGUUAGCAACGGUUGCUGGCGAUGUGUUACUCGGGAAAGAAAAGAUACAGAAGGUGUUGCUUGCGAGGCUAACGGAGACAGUAGUUAUGUGGUUGAUGUCUAAUGAAGAGGAUUUUUGGGGCAUUUUAGAAAACCAAGUGUCGAAACUUCAUCCGCAAGGGUUGCAACAGUUAAUUCUUGAUAUGCACUUCACUGUUGAAAUCGCGCGUUUUGCUGGUUACCCUUCCAGAAAUGUGCAGCAGGUGGCAUCAUCGAUUAUUGCUCGUGCUAUCAGAACGUUUUCGAGCGGAGGUCUAAACCAACAAAGUGUACUUCCGGAGGAUGAAUGGUUUGUUGAAACCGCAAAGGCUGCAAUAAACAAGCUGUUGAUGGGAGGUGAGGACGGGUCAGAAAUUUCUGAAAUAGAUGAAGACCAUAUAAUCUUGCAUGAUGACGACGACGAUGAUGACGAUGAUGAUGUUGAAUUACAUGAUGAAGUGAUUUCAGAUUCUGAUCGAUCACCAUCUUCUCUCUCAACAAUUACCUCAUCCGAGUCGUUUGCUUCUGCUGAAAGUCAAAUGUUGGAUAGCCUCUCGGAUUUUUCAGAUCCUGACGCGUGACGUGUUACUGAAGCUGGUUCUUGUGUAAUAUUUUUUUUUUACUAAAGUAGAAACUCUUUUUAUAGUUUAAUGGAUCUCUGGCCCGGUCUAUUCGUUGUCUGUAGAAUAGUCAGGUGAGGGAUUAUGACAACAAGAUCAUUACAGGACGUUAAUUAAAAUUUAUUUCUAGUUGGUCAA